GGUAUCCGAGAUCAGAAGAAGCAUCAGGGCGAGCAUCUGGAACCAACACUUCAAAUCUACUGCUCAUCAAGAGGUUAAACAACAACAGAAAUGACUGGAGCUGCUGUGUCCGUGUGCCUACUUUUUGUGCUGUCUGUAUGUUCAGCGUGUUACAUCUCUAACUGUCCUAUCGGCGGGAAGAGGUCCAUCAUGGAUGCACCGCUGCGAAAGUGCAUGCCGUGUGGCCCCGGAGACAGGGGCCGCUGCUUCGGCCCCAGUAUCUGCUGCGGCGAGGGCCUCGGCUGCCUGCUGGGCUCCCCGGAAACAGCUCACUGCGUGGAGGAGAACUACCUGCUCACCCCCUGCCAGGCCGGAGGGAGACCCUGUGGAUCUGAGGGAGGACGCUGCGCUGCUUCAGGAGUCUGCUGUGAUGCAGAAAGCUGCACCACAGACCAAUCCUGCCUCAUCGAGGACGAAGGAGAUGACCAGAGCAGCCAAUUCGAAGGCAGCGACCCCGGUGACAUCAUCCUCAGGCUCCUGCAUCUGGCUGGUCACAGUUCUCCUCAUCGAGUUCACCAAUAAGCUGCUGCUCCCGACACCGAGGACGUGGGACUUGUAGUUGUAGUUCAUAUAGUUGUAUUUCUAUGUUUGUCAUUGCUCUUCUUCUGUAGAGUGCCUCUGUCGAUAUAUUUUUAUGUAUGAAAACAGGGAUGAAUACUGACAGUGGUCAUCCAGAUAUCUACAUGUUGAAAUAAAGUUUUGAGAGAGUAUAAAA